GUUGGUAUUGUUUACUUCCUGGGUAAACGGUCGUCCGCUUUGUGGACAUGUUUCUGAAAUUUUGAUAGCCCCCCUCCGUAAGAGCCAACAAAAUAUAGUCAUUUAAACUACUUUUUCACCUCUGCUUAUAUUUUGCAGCUCAUACCACCACAAUGACUGAGGAAGUCCAGAAGCACUCGGUCCACACCCUGGUCUUCAGGUCUCUUAAAAGGACUCAUGAUAUGUUUGUGUCCGACCAUGCUAAAUCCGUGGCGCUGGACGACGUCAGCUACAACUUAAAGAUGGGUGUGAAACUAAAAGCAGAGUAUGGUGCAGUCUUACACAUGCCUGUCCUAAAAGAAGGAAAAGACAGAGUCUCACAGCUUCCAGGCAGCAUGCAGAUCCAUCAGAGCUACACACAGCAAGGGGAAGACCCCGAAUACCUGAUCACAGGGACCCAUGCUUAUCCAUCUGGACCUGGAGUUUCCUUGACUGCUGACACAAAGCUGCACAGGAAUCCAAGCGAGGGAGGAGUUCACUCCAUGGCGCUGGCUUUGCCCCCAUCACAAGCCAGGCAGGAUGCGAGCCGCACUGCAGCCAGUGUUGCAGACAUCCAUCGACACGCAGGAGGAGCAGAAAGAUCUCAUCCUCAGUCGUCAGCUGUGUCACUAUUGGAGGGAGGAGGAACCAGAAACUCAGCGCUCAUGAGGAAAGCACCAACCAUGCCUAAACCACAGUGGCAUCCUCCAUGGAAGCUGUUCAGGGUCAUCAGUGGCCACCUUGGCUGGGUGAGAUCCAUCGCUGUGGAGCCGGGGAAUCAGUGGUUUGUCACCGGGUCUGCUGAUAGAACCAUAAAGAUUUGGGACUUGGCCAGUGGGAAACUGAAGCUCUCGCUGACCGGACACAUCAGCACUGUACGUGGAGUUGCAGUAAGCAACCGCAGCCCCUACCUGUUCUCCUGUGGAGAGGACAAACAAGUCAAGUGCUGGGAUCUUGAGUACAACAAGGUCAUCAGACAUUACCAUGGACACCUAAGUGCUGUGUAUGAUUUAGACCUGCAUCCUACUAUUGACGUGCUGGUGACGUGCAGCAGAGAUGCAUCAGCAAGGGUGUGGGACAUCAGAACUAAAGCCAACGUUCACACCCUCACCGGCCACACCAACACUGUGGCCACAGUGAGAUGUCAGGCAGCAGAACCUCAAAUCAUCACAGGCAGCCACGAUUCGACCAUCAGGCUGUGGGAUUUGAUCGCCGGCAAAACCAGAGCGACUCUAACAAACCACAAGAAGUCUGUACGAACUAUCGUGCUGCAUCCAAGACAAUACACUUUUGCCUCCGGUUCAGCUGAUAACAUCAAGCAGUGGAUGUUCCCAGAUGGAAACUUCAUCCAGAACCUUUCUGGUCACAACGCCAUCAUUAACACACUGGCUGUUAACUCUGAUGGCGUUCUGGUGUCUGGAGCUGACAAUGGGACCAUCCACAUGUGGGACUGGAGGACGGGAUACAACUUCCAGCGCAUUCACGCAGCCGUGCAGCCAGGAUCCCUGGACAGCGAGUCCGGUAUCUUUGCGUGCGUGUUUGACCAAUCAGAGAGCAGACUGAUCACCGCUGAGGCUGACAAGACCAUUAAAGUGUACAAAGAGGACGACACGGCUACGGAAGAGAGCCAUCCAGUCAACUGGAAACCAGAAAUCCUCAAAAGAAAAAGAUUCUAAUGUUUUUUAUUUGUCCUUUUGCCAGUUUUUUUUUUUUUAUUUCUACCUAACCUCCUGAUGUAGAUACACCCAUGAAGCUUUUGCUUGUUACGUCUGUCAAAAUUCUUCAUAAACUCUCAAAUGAACUUCAGCAGUCCUGUCUAUUCUAAAAACCAUUUGCAGUCUUCGUUGUACGAUGUGAGUCCUAUAAAAUGGCCAUCUCUGACAGCCAGGAACUUCCCUGAGUGUUUGUUCUUGAUGACGACAGCUCUGAGGUGGCUCUGGUCCGUCUGAUCCACCAACAUCAGCCACUCGUCAGACACAGACAGACUGACCUCAGAGUGGACUUGGUUUCUGAUCGGGUCGAACCCUGCAGAGGAAAAAGAUGUCAGUUGUACAGAGGAAAACAGGCGUUGUGCUUUUUCUAGCUUGCUUUGUGAAGUUAACUUGGCUUCAUUUAAUAAAGACCUCAUUUUUUCACACA